CGGGUGCUGCGCGAGCUGCGCCUCCUCCUGCUGCGCCUGCUGCCGCUGCCGCUGCUGCUCCUCGGUCACACCGCUGCCGCCGCCCGCCGCAGCCGCGCCAUGCACGGCUCGCCCUGCUCGGAGAUGGGAGAUGCGUCCGCGGUUGACAUCGUGGACAUCUAUGAGUCUAUCCGUGAAAGGCAGCGUCAUGACAGCGAAAGGUCUACCUGCAGCACCUUGGAGCAGAAUGACAUCGAAGCUGUUGAAGCGCUUGUUUGUAUGAGCUCCUGGGGUCAAAGAUCGCAGAAAGGUGACAUAUUAAAGAUAAGGCCACUUACGCCCUUCUCGGAUUCUGGUGAUUUCACAAUGCACACCGAGGCAACAUCUGAAUUGCCGAAGGACUAUUUAUCUACACUGUGCAUGACCCCUCCACACAGCCCUGACUUUGUUGAGAUAUCAGCUGCUACACUCCUCUCCUCACAAGUCACUUAUUCCAAACCAAGGACUGUCAUGGCAAAUACAGCUGCCUGCUCAGUCACAUCAGUGACCAGUGCCUCUCCCAUAACCAAGCCAUCUGUUACCAACAUGUCUCCAAGCAGCCAGAAGGCAGUGAUAGCUGAAUCGUUUGCCCCUCAGCCGUGCAGGGCCAUGGCAACAAGUGUCAUACGUCACACAGGAGAUAGCUCUGCUUACCAUCACAUUCCUGCUGUGCAAGAGAAAACAAAGGUAACUUCAGGCUACAGUACUUCCAGAGACUGGUGUGGAGUGGAUGACCGAAGACAUUCCAAACUGCCACAGGACUCCUGUGCUGCUGAUGAUUUAAUUAACAAAACCUCUCCAGUACGUCAACCUUAUGCACAGGACUCCAGUGAUACUGUGACCAAUAAAGGACAACUACCAGUCCGGCCUCUUUCGCCGCAGACCCACUUACCAAAGAGUUGUGAGAAUGACUUGCAAAAAAGAGCUACCCCAGUGACACCUGCCCCUGUUUCAAGCCCCCAGGUUCUCUGCCAAAUGAUCCCUUUAAAUGGACAAAGCAGUAUGAUCAAUGCCUAUGUUAAACCUUCAACUCCAACAGUCUCAACUCCCAUGAAACCUAUUUUACCACAGACAGCCCCGCUCUCUCAGCCUGUGCUCAUGGGACCUUCUGUGCCUCAGGGGACCGUCAUGUUGGUUCUCCCACAGACUGCUGUCGCACCGACACCACCGUGCCCACAAACAGUAAUGACUGUUGGGAACACCAAGUUACUGCCCCUUGCCCCUGCUCCUGUGUUCAUCGCUUCUGGUCAGAGCUGCGCUCCCCAGGUGGACUUUUCUAGACGGAGGAAUUAUGUUUGCAACUUUCCUGGGUGCAAGAAAACCUAUUUCAAAAGCUCCCACCUCAAAGCCCACCUUCGCACCCACACUGGAGAAAAGCCUUUCAACUGCAACUGGGAGGGCUGUGACAAGAAGUUUGCCCGCUCAGAUGAACUGUCACGCCACCGCAGAACUCACACGGGAGAGAAGAAGUUUGCUUGUCCGGUGUGUGAGCGUCGCUUCAUGCGCAGCGAUCACUUGACAAAGCACACCCGCCGCCAUAUGACCACAAAGAAGAUCCCCAGCUGGCAGACAGAGGUUGGCAAACUCAGCAGGAUUGCCACGGCAGAGAAACCGAAAAGCAGCAGUGCUCUGAGUAUGCUCAUCCCCAUGCCACCGUCUGUCUGUUAGGGCUAGUGUGGGGGAGCACCUUCUCUACAAACUGACUGAAGAUCAGGAAGAGCUCUGAUGGAUAGAGCAGAACUGACAAUGGCUCUUUUCUGCCGUGUUUGUGCAUACUUUAGUUUCCUUCAGUUUAGGUCCUCUGUUAAUAAUGCUAUGUGAGAAAUCUAUCAUAUAUUUUCUCGUUCCUUCCCUAUUUGGUUUUUUCCAAUACUUGGGCAAAUGCAAUCACCAGCACUUCAGGAAAGCAGAACUCUUUGGAAAUGAUUUUGGCAAUAGGUUAAAAAAGUAACUUGUAAUGCUUGCUGUUAAUAUUUUGAUGGACAGUAAAACAGGGUGAUUUUUAAUUUUUAUACUAGUAUUUUCUAUACCAAAUAUAUUUUGUAUUUAUUCAUUUUGGUCUUGAUAUACAGGCAAAUUUCUUGACCGGCAUUAGUAGGGGUGUGCAGGAUGAGACCCAGAGUUUUGGAAACUCCUUUUCAGUAAACCAAAACAAUUGCAUUCAGAGCAUUUUGUAAACAUAGAAUAUUUGAUAACUUACAGUGCUUGGGAUUUUCACACUUGCAGAUCCUUAUCCUGCGAUGGGCUGGUGCUGUUACACCCUCUUUUCACAGGUGAUACUGGAGGUUUGAGAUUGAAGUGUGUCAUCAUUUUUCAAACAAACCAAACCAGAAUGACUUCCAGAAGACAAGUGGUGGAAUCUUCAACAUUUUAUAAAUUCAUACCUUUUGCAAGUGCAUGCUGUUGGGAUGUUGGUUGAAGUUUGACAUACUGGGCAUUCCUGAGUCCACGCUCCACCAGAGCAAAGUUUGGAGGAGCCACACUGCUCUGGUGGAGCUAGAAGCACAAACACUGUUUAGAAACUUUGACACUAAAAAUUAUGCUUUACUUUCAGUCCUACUAAACCAGCUUAUCAGAAUCUAGUGGAAAGUGCAAAAAUGGCAAGAUAACACGGGGAUAAUUGGCUGGGUCUCUGGGUUUUUUUAUUUUUUGGAGUACAAGAGAAAUACAAAAUUGAGGUUUUUUAUGUAUUGUGGAUGCUUGUGCACCUUAUAGGAAAUUGUUCAAGGCUUUCAUUUACCUGUAUCAAAGCACCAGAGGAAGUACUAACCGUGUCUUGACUUAAGAAACAGCCACCAUGUCUAUUUGAUGAUGCUUUUCAUGUGGCCUUGUAUUUCUCCACAGUACUUUGUAUGAAAUCACCCUUUUCUAUUAAAUGAGAUAUUCUCCCUGUUGAAUGCAUUUUCUUUACACCCAGUGUAAAUAUGGCUAAGAAGUGGAAUUGCUGGCAGCAGGAGUGCUGUGUUGUAAUGGCAUGGUAUGAGUAAUAAAACGAAAUGCCCGUAG